AUGGCGAACCAGCCCACAGAUGCGAAACGUAAGCGCGUCGAUAUUGACCUGACCAAAGACGGCAGCUCCAGGGAAGAUGAGGCACCUGCUCUCAAGCACGUCUACGAGCCAUCCAGCCAACUAGCUCCUCAGCAGCAUACCGAAACAGAGCGCGAAGCCUGGCUCGAGGCUGCCAACGACGUGGUCGACGUGGACGAGAUAGUAUCUUCGACACAGGAAGCCGCUGGCAAUGAUGAGCUAUGUCUGUACGGCGACUUGUCUACCAAGGUGGUGGGCGUGCGGUACUACAGGGGGAUGGCUAAUCCCGGAGAGUAUAUCCUUAUGCGGCGUGAGCCUGGCAAUCCCUAUGAUACUAAUGCCAUUCGUGUAGACAAUGUGGCGGGCCAACAGAUAGGUCACAUACCGCGACGUAUCGCAAAGAAGCUGGCGCCUUACAUGGACCGUGGCUGGCUGUACGUCGAAGGGCGUUUGGCGAGCACCAUCGGGACCUUCGACUGCGAUCUCUCCGUUGAUCUCCUAGGUCCUGAACCCAGCACGGACGCUGGUCGUCACCUGGUUGAGAGGAUGGCCAUCGACAAGCUCCCCACUAGGGCGCUUAAGAUGGCAGAACAACGCGAGAAAGAGCCUCGUCGUGCCGCUGCCGGUGCUGGUGGUACUGGCCGGCGCAUACCAUCAAGUGGUCAAAGUUCGGAGUACAGCAGUCAAUCCAUGCCUGGCAUGAGUAGUCAGCCGAUCAUAGCAGACCUGGUAGAGGCCUCGCAGCGCUUCAAUCCUAGAGAGCUAGGAUCAGCCACGGACCAGUAUGGCUUGCAAGAGGAGGUGUUGAGAAACAUGCCGCUCGCGACCAGGCCUUCCGGCAUCAAGACCGAGAUGUUGCCCCAUCAACUGCAAGCUCUGCGCUGGCUGUUGCAUCAAGAAAAUCCGAGCUUGCCAGCUUCAGGAUCUAGGGACACGGUCCAAUUGUGGAAGAGACAGGCCGACAGCCAUACAUUCGUUAACAUUGCGACGAAUCAUCCGCAGAAAGACGAGCCCAGGCUGGCCAGUGGGGGCAUUCUUGCUGAUGACAUGGGUCUUGGCAAGACUUUGGAGAUGAUCGCGCUCAUGGUUGCAGACAUCGAAUCUAACGACCGUGGCACCACUCUCGUUGUCGCGCCUCUUAGUGUUAUGUCAAAUUGGAGCGGACAGAUCAAUCUCCACAUGCAUCAAGACAAAGCGCUCAAGGUUCACACUUACCACGGUGCAGGCAGGGUAUCAUCAUGGAAGGCCGCCGACUUCACGCAGUACGACGUGAUCAUCACGACGUAUCAGACACUUGCCAGUGAUUUUGGGUCUCGCGGCAAAGUCAGCUUCGACCAAUUUUCGGAGCGGAAACUGCGCUCCUCGGGCUUGUACAGUGUGGGUUGGAGACGCAUCAUCCUCGACGAGGGACACAUCGUUCGCAAUCCAGCUUCCAAGGGCGCUGCUGCAGUGAAUGGGCUAGUGUCGCGCUCGCGCUGGUGCUUGACUGGUACACCAAUCGUGAACUCAUUGAAGGACCUCUACAGCUUAUUGAAGUUCGUCGGCCUUAGUGGCGGCACCGAUCAACUUGCUGUAUUCAACAGUGUCCUUAUUCGGCCGCUGCGGAAUGGGGACCCAAGCGCCGUAUACCUGCUGCAAGCCAUUAUGGCUGCCUUCACUCUGCGUAGACACAAGGAAAUGGCGUUCAUCGACCUUCGCCUACCGAAGCUUGACGAGUAUAUGCACCCAAUCCAAUUCACUGACAAGGAGAAGCAGCGAUACGAAGCGCUCGUUACCGAGGCGCGCGGCCUUCUCAAGAAUGUUCGGAGAAAAGCGCCGCGUGAGGGUGAGACAAAGGUCCAAGCAUAUCAACAUCUACUGGAGAUCUUGCUCCGCAUGCGUCAAUGCUGCAACCAUUGGCAGCUUUGCGGUGAGCGCGUCACGAGUCUGCUUGCUCAGCUGGAGGCACAAAAGACAGUUGAUUUGACCCCUGAGAAUGAGAAAGCACUUCAGGACAUGCUGCAAGUGCAGAUUGAGAGCCAUGAAGACUGCCCGGUAUGUCUGGAGAGUCUCCAUGAGCCAGUCAUAACGACGUGUGCGCAUGUCUUCGGACGGGAAUGCAUCAGUAAGGUCAUUGAGACGCAGCACAAGUGUCCGAUGUGCCGCGCGGACCUUCCCGACGGAAGCGUACUGGUCGGACCAGCAAACGACUGCGGCGACGACAGCGCAGACGAUGAGAUAGAUCUGACUCAGUCCAGUAGUAAGCUGGAGGCCAUGAUGCAGAUUCUGUCCGCCACCAAGGCUUCCGCGAACGGCGACAAGACUGUCGUCUUCUCUCAGUGGACUCGCUUCCUGGAUAUAGUCCAAGCUCGCCUUGAUCGCGAAAAUAUGAAAUAUUGUAGGGUGGAUGGGACUAUGACCGCUACUCAGCGCGAUGCGGCACUGCAAGCGCUCGGAUGUGAUCCGGAAUGCACCAUCAUGCUAGCCUCACUUGGCGUAUGUGCCGUCGGCCUGAACCUCACAGCUGCGAACCAGAUCAUCCUCUCGGACACGUGGUGGGCGCCAGCUAUUGAGGACCAGGCUGUUGACCGUGUGCACAGGCUUGGGCAGAGGAAAGAGACCCGCGUCUUCCGCCUAAUCAUGGAUGGCACCAUCGAGCAGCGCACGAUUGAGAUCCAGGCAGAGAAGCGGAAGCUGAUGCAGCUUGCCUUCUCCGAGAAAGGCAGCAAGCGCGACAAAGCGAAGGCGGGACGGUUGGCGGACAUCCAGCGGUUGCUGGCGCCUGCACCUACAGUGGCGGCCUAA